AUGUACGAAUUUACUUCGCUGACAACUAUUGGUUCGGGUGGCUUUUCAAUAGUUAAAAAGGGAUAUUCCAAAAAGUUUAAACGAGAUAUUGCUGUAAAAAUUAUUCUGUUGGAUCAAAAAGAGAAUGAGUCGUAUAUAAAAAAAUAUUUGCACAGUGAAGUUUCUUUUUGGAAAGAACUUUCUAGUGGUUUACAUAUUAACAUAGUAAAUUUAAUUGAGGCUGUAGAAGCUGCUAAAGUUAUGUAUUUUAUUAUGGACUUAGUAGACAAAGGUGAUUUGGAUCAGUAUUUGUUAAAGGGUCCAAUGACAAGCUACAAAGCAAAAGCUUUUUUCAAAGAUAUCGUGGAAGCUGUAAACUAUUGUCAUGGUAAAAGUAUAGCUCAUCGUGAUAUAAAACCAAAAAAUUUACUAGUUGAUAAUAAUGACAGAAUCAGGUUGACGGGUAAGAUUGUUUCAUUUUGA